AUGUCUCCACGGGGGUUGCGCGGGAACUUUGCCUUGGUGUCGCUAUUCCUUGUAGCCUUUCUUUUCCUCGCCGACCCGGCAGCGGCGUCAACUGGCGACAGGCUGCCUGAGUUUAGAGAAUGUGUUGAGAUAUGCGAACGCGAGAACUGCGGCCCCGACGCAGAACACCAAACCUCCAUCCCCCUCCACCGCCGCCUCCUCCUCUGGACCUGCCCCGCCGAAUGCGACUACACCUGCCAGCAAAUCGUGACCACAACACGGCUCGCCAGCACGCCGCCGCAGCCGGUGGUGCAGUUCCACGGCAAGUGGCCGUUCCGCCGGCUGCUGGGCAUGCAGGAGCCGCUCAGCGUGCUCUUCUCGCUGGGCAACCUGGCCGCCCACUACUACGGCCUGCACCGCCAGGUGCUGCCGCGCAUCCCCGCCGCCUACUCGAUGCGGCCCUUCUACGUCUUCCUCGCCCGCCUCGGCAUGGUCACCUGGUUCCUGAGCGCCGUGUUCCACACCCGCGACUUUAGGCUGACCGAGCGGUUGGACUAUUUUGCCGCGGGUGCGUCGGUGCUGUAUGGCAUGUAUUAUGCCGCGGUGCGGAUCUGGCGGCUGGAUCGCCCGGGGAAUGUGCGCGGGCUGAGGGCGUGGACGGCGCUUUGUGCUGUGCUGUACGCGUGCCAUGUGGCGUAUUUGGGCUUGUGGCGGUGGGAUUACACGUACAACACGUUGGCGUGUGUGGUCUGUGGCGUGGUGCAGAACUUGUUGUGGAGUUACUUCAGUUGGACGAGGUAUCGACAGACGGGCAAGGCGUGGGCUGUGUGGCCGGGGGUGGUGGUGAUGUGGGUGGUGAUAGCGAUGAGCAUGGAGUUGUUUGAUUUUCCGCCGCUGUGGGAGAGUGUAGAUGCGCACAGUUUGUGGCAUCUGGGGACGAUUGCGCCAGCAGUGCUGUUUUAUCAUUUCCUAGUCCAGGACGCGCAGGACGACAUUGUUCGCAGUGCGCGGUUGAAGGCUUAA